AUGGUAUCUCACUUUAUGCUACAGGUAUCGCUUCUUAUUUUUAUCAUAAAUUCAAAAUCCUGCAUCGAGCGUGUUGGACCAUUUCAGAUCAAAGAAACCUACAACCAACCUGAAGUUCGGGAUGAACCGAUCGAGAAGCGAAUGUGUAGAUUUCCCGACGAACCAAUUCCUCCCGCGCGGGCGUACAGUUUUUCCCAUUGCUUUCAGUACAAUCGCAUCCAGCUGGAGCUGCAAGCGUGCAACUGCACCAUCCCUACGUCACCUAAAGAAUAUGAACACUUGUACUGUGACAUUAAAGGAUUACUAUGUAUCAACGAUGCAAACGUAAAAUAUCGAACAAAGCACGUUCACACUGUGCAUAAAGAUAGAUCCUGCAUGCAAGCCUGCCAGGCACUAGAAACGCUUGUGAUUGGGGAAACGUAUAAUCCAACACCAUCGAAUUCCGAUCCGGGAAAGGUAAUUUUGGAAGUCCUAAAUGUGCCCGUUUUCCGCUAUCAAAGACGGGUCAUACGGAAUAAGAUUGAUUUUGCAGUCUCUUUGGGUGGUAUAGGUGGACUAUUUUUUGGAGCAUCUGUAAUAAGCCUCAUCGAGCUUGUAUAUUCGAUGUUGUUUAAACCGUACCAUCUCAAAGUGAAAGUUUCAAUUCCACAAUUUAGAGCAAGACCAGUGUGGUAG